CGAAAUGAGGUCUCAGGGGAGGGGUUUCCUAUCCGAAUAUGCCGAGUGGCAGUUUAGCGAUGCCUCAUCCCCCCCUCCUUAGAGAAUAGCGUGGGCUGGGAGCUCCCAUUCAUAAAAAUCAGGCAAAUAGAAAGCGCUCUUUUCAGCGUGUGAGACAGUUCGCUGGGCUGAGGCUGGGUAGAGAUGUACAAAGGUUACGGAGCGGGAAGGGCACCUGCUCCCGGGAGUCAUCGGCCCUCCACUCUGCGCCCAGGGACGCAGCAGCAGAAGUACCCGUCUGAUCCCGGGGCCGGCAGCAGCAGCAGCAGUGCCGCCGGCGGCUUUGUCCCCAACCUCAACACCAUCACCACCAGCCACGACCUGCAGUGGAUGGUUCAGCCCACCAUCAUGGGCGCUUCUCCAGGAAUCCCCCCUUACCCGCGACCCUACCGUUGCCCGCACUAUCCUCCAGGCAUUCGGCCGGGUGUGAUCCGCACUGCUGGGCCAAUCCUGACACCGCGGAGGCGUCAUUCGGAGCAUCUGACACCCGAGGAGGAGGAGCGGCGGCGGCUGCGGAGGGAGAGGAACAAGCUGGCAGCAGCCAAGUGCCGGAAUCGCCGGAAGGAAUUAACAGACACCUUGCAAGCCGAGACGGACCAGCUGGAGGCUGAGCAAUCUGGGCUGAAGAAGGAGAUUGCGGAACUGCAGAAGCAGAAGGAGCGGCUGGAGCUGGUCCUGGAGGCUCAUCGACCGGCCUGCAAAGUCCCUGAGGAGUCCUCGGGGGAAGAGGAAGAGGGCAAAGCCGGCCGGGGUACCCUCGCCCAGCUUCCAGUCAAGCGGGAGUCCCCGCCGGGCCCCAGCGCCCCUCGCAGAGCGGCUCCAGUGCCUCCCAGCAUCACUCUGCCCCCCAGCGGCCUGCUGGAGCCAGAGGCUCUGCACACCCCAACCCUGAUGCCCACGCCGUCCCUCACCCCCUUCACCCCAAGCCUGGUCUUCACCUACCCCACACCGGGGGACCCCGAUGGCCCCUCCGGCUCUGGCUUCCCGCACGAGGCCUGCUCCUCUGCCCACCGGCGCAGCAGCAGCGGCGACCACUCCUCCGAUUCGCUCAACUCCCCCACCUUGUUGGCGCUCUGAGGACCAGGAGGGACCCCCUGGCUCCGUGGCGGGACAGUCCGGAGAGCGGCGUCUCCAGACCGUUGCAGUUUCUAGGCCGCUUCUGCCCAGGGUUGGGG